AAAAAUCAUUAGCAAACAGAUUCAACCCGUAAACACACUCAAAUUCAUUGUAGUUUUUCAUUUCAAAUUUAAAUUACAAACUAAUCUUAUUGAAAAUGGAAGAUAACUCGUACUUGCAGCUAGUUGAGGAGGGCAUCAAGUUGCACUUUGAGCGGAAUGGAACAUUGGACGAGAUGCGAAGCGGACUGCAUGCAAAGGUCCUAAGAAUGUUGCAUGGUGAGAAGAAUCUUCGUAAGGAUGAACCUCUCUGUGGUGGAGAAUUGGAGCAACGAGGUUUGUCGCAUCUGCUCAACCAGUUAAUUGUCGAUUACUUUGAGUGGUACGGCUACAAACAUACCCUGGAAACAUUUGCCCUCGAAACGGGGAAUAAAUCGUACAAAUCGCGUGAAAUACUUCGACGGGAACUAAAUGGCACUUUCACUCACACAGAAUUGCCCAUUCUCUUAGAAAUGGUGAUGAAACACACCAACAUAGAUAACAACCAACAAAAAGUAGGGGAUUCUGUUGCACAAAUUCAAAAAAAAGUCGAGAAAGCAUCGAGUAAAUUCAAGAAAGUGCCAACUAAAGAAUUACGAAAACCUGAAUGGAAUAACUCUCGAGUUAUUGAAGCAUCCAACAAGGUAGAGAAGUUUCUUGCUCCCAGAAAUUUCGGCAAGGCGCCACAAGCAAAGGUUAAUAUUCGGCAACGUAUGGUAGAUCCUGAAAGCAGAGCCCCGAAACAUCCCAAAAGAGAAAUAACGAAGACCGUUUACAAACCAAAGAAAACCAAGAACUUCGAUACGGAACGUUCAACAGAAUCGCCAAAGACUUCCUCUGAGAAUAACGAUGACGAUAGUUCUAGUGAAACUUUUGCCGAUAUUCCGAAUAGAUACUAUCGCGAGCAGGAACCAGCUGAGCAAUCCUAUCCAUGUGGCUAUGGCGAAGAAGGUCCUUACGAAGGCCAGCAUCUGCAAAAGUCAAUUAAGCCAUUAAAUUCGAAUAAAUCCAACAACAAGGAUAAAAUGCCAAAAGCUAGCGGGAAGUUCACACUGAAAGCAACGAAUGCCAAGGUUAAAUCUUCGGAUCAAAGUACUACGAAACGUGGCAAAUUUUCAUAUCAAUCGAAUCGAAGAAUUCAUUCGUCAGAUGACGAUCUGAAUAUGCCAGUCUGUAAACCAAGGUGUCCAGACACAAUGAUCAGUUCCAUUGAAAUGGACAGUGCGGAGGACACUGAUGAGAAUGAGGGCAGCGGUUCCUAUAUAUGAGAAGUGCAUUCAAAUUCCAGUUGGCCAUCUUGGAAUCGAACAACAUUUAAUUAUUUUAAUGUUUGUCUAGGUAAUUUUUGGAUGUUGUUUAAAAACAUAAGUGUUAAUAAAAGUAAAUAUUAUAUAUUGACAAA